AUGGUAUGCAAGGUUUGCAAUGUUCAAUGCAGGGUCCAUAGUCCUCACCCUCCGCCUCAAAAGUACCAUCAGCCAGGAGAUAUUAUCAUUGGUGGAAUUGUCUCUCAGGCUCGCUUCAUCUCCAGCUCAUUCACCUUCACUAAAGAACCCCCUCCAGCAUUACUGGAAGAGCUUGUCAUUGUGCCUAAGAACUACCAACACAUUCUGGCCUUGGACUACGCGGUGAAGGAAAUCAAUGAAAACUCAGAGCUCUUACCCAAUGUCACCUUGGGUUUCCACAUCUAUGACAGCUAUUUAAGUGCAAAGUGGACCUAUCAUGCCACUCUGCUAUUUCAAUCCACUCUAGACAGGUUCAUCCCCAAUUUCAGAUGUAGUGUCCAGAAUAGUCUGACAGCAGUCAUUGGGGGACUGGACUCCGAAAUCUCCCUUUACAUUGCAACCAUCUUGGAUAUCUAUAAGAUUCCACAGCUCAUUUAUGGUUCUGCUCCUGUGAUGAAUGAUAAAACUCCAGGCCUUUCCUUCUACCAGAUGGCACCUCAGGAAGACCAACAAUACAUGGGGAUUCUCUCUUUGCUGCUGUAUUUUGGAUGGACAUGGAUUGGUGCCAUUGUUAUGAAUAAUGACAUUGGAGAAAGAUUUGCACAUAUUGUAGUUCCACUGUUUUCCAAGAAUGGUAUCUGCUUUGCCUUCCUAGAAAAAAUCCCCAGUUUUAAUUUUGUCAGUGGAAUUAAUGAUAUGCUAGAAAUGGGAGCAAAAAUUCAUGAUACAAUAAUUGCCAGCAAAGCCAAUGUAGUGGUAGCCUAUGGAGAAUCAUAUUUCAUGACCAUUUUCAGAUGGUUUCCAUAUGUAUCAGAACUCGAACACAUGAGCGAGAAUCCAAAAGGUACAGUAUGGAUAAUGACAGCACAAGUGGAGUUCACUUCGUUGGUCUAUCAAAAAACUUGGGAAACCGAAUCAUUCCAUGGCACACUGUCCUUCAAAAUUCACUCCAGUAAUACACCCGGUUUCCUUCAAUUUGUUGCAAGCAGAAUCCCAUUCAACAGAAGAGGAGAUAGUUUUAUAAUGCCAUUCUGGCAACAGGCAUUUGGCUGCACGUUCCCUAAUGUGGUUGUGGAUAAUGUGAGUGGAGACAUUUGUACAGGACAGGAGAAGAUGGAGAGCCUUCCUGGAACUUAUUUUGAAUUAUCCAUGACUGGUCACAGCUACAGCAUCUACAAUGCUGUCUAUGCCGUGGCCCAUGCGUUACAUGACAUGUCCUCAUCUGUACCCAAACGGAGAGGAAUGGUGGGUGAAAAAGGACCAAAGCUUCAAAUUCAACAGCUCUGGCAGCUCCAUCAAUUCCUUAGAGUUAUCUCAUUUAACAACAGUGUGGGGGACAAAAUAUCUUUCAACCAGAAUGGGGAGGUAGUGGCUGGAUUGGACAUUGUCAACUGGAUUUUUUCCUUGAACCAAUCAUUUCAUUCCGUGAAAGUUGGGAAGGUUGAUCCUGAGAGUCCUGCAGACCAAGCAUUCACAAUCAGUGAGGAUGACAUAACAUGGCACAACUGGUUUAACCAGACACGACCCCUUUCAAUAUGUAGCAAGAGUUGUGCUCCUGGUUACAGCAAGAUAGUGAAGGAGGGUCAGCUAUUCUGCUGUUAUGAUUGUAUCCCAUGUCCACAAGGGAAGAUUUCGAACCAGAAUGAUAUGAACGACUGCCAGAAAUGCACAGAUGGGAAAUAUCCAAACAAAAACCAGGAUUUCUGUAUUCCCAAGAUGGUGACCUUCUUGUCUUAUGAUGAACCAUUAGGAAUCAAUUUAGCUUGUUUUUCUCUGUCCUUUGCUUUGAUCACAGUUCUGAUCCUAGGAGCAUUUCUGAAGCACCACAACACUCCCAUUGUCAAAGCCAACAACCGCAACCUCACCUACACUCUCCUCAUCUCCCUCUUGCUCUGCUUCCUUUGUACACUGCUAUUCAUUGGCCGACCUGAGAAUGUGACAUGUCUCCUCCGACAAACUGCUUUUGGCAUAAUCUUUUCAGCAGCUGUUUCUUGUGUCUUGGCAAAAACAAUCACUGUGGUUCUAGCUUUCAUGGCCACUAGGCCAGGAUCCCAGAUGAAGGGGUGGGUGGGGAAAAGACUAGCCAACUACAUUGUUCUGUCGUGCUCCUUGGUUCAGGUAGGUAUCUGUAUGGUGUGGUUGGCAACCUCUCCCCCAUUCCCAGAUGUGGACAUGCACUCUGUAACAGAUGAAAUUAUAUUGGAAUGUAAUGAGGGGUCUGUGACUCUGUUUUACUCUGUUCUUGGCUAUAUGGGCUUCCUAGCCAUUUUCAGUUUCAUUGUGGCUUUCCUUGCCAGGAAGUUACCUGACAGUUUCAAUGAAGCCAAGUUUAUCACUUUCAGCAUGCUGGUCUUUUGCAGUGUUUGGCUCUCCUUUAUUCCAUCCUACCUGAGCACCAAAGGAAAAUACAUGAUUGCGGUGGAGAUCUUUUCUAUCUUAGCCUCCAGUGCUGGGGUGUUAGGGUGCAUCUUUUCACCAAAAUGUUACAUUAUAUUAUGGAGACCUGAACUGAACAAUAGGGAAGAGCUAAUAAGAAGAAAACACAGAAAAAAUUAA